UCCUAGAACUGAGCUGGCUUAUAAAGAGGAACACACAUAGACUCUCUAACACACUCAAUUUCUUUUUUCAUCCUCUGAGACGGACAACAGAGAGUCACAGCCAAGAUGAGACUGUACCUUGCAGUUGCCAUGCUGAUGCUGGCUUUUGUCGCAUACACAGAGGCUCAGGAUGCGGAGCCGACCGUGGAGGAGAGGUUCAGUCAGUUUGGCCAAAAGAUGACUGAGAUGGGCCAGACAGUGGCUGAAAAGGCCAGGGCUGCCAUGGACACCGUGCAAAACAGCGAAUUUGCAAAAAAAACAAAUGACUGGUUCACGGAGCAGUUUAACAGAAUGAAGGCCAAGAUGGAGGAAAUCAGCCAAUAGACAGGUCCCCGUCUCCUGCCUAAAACCUGCCCUCUGACCGCUGACCUCUUCACAACACACAUUGCUCUGCUGCCUCUCUGUAAAGAGAUGUUUUUUAUAAUUUGAAUGUAAUCUUUUUGAAGAAGCAAUAUGCAAAAGUGCAAUAAAGACAUACAAAAAUAAAAAUGUUUUUUUUUAUAUAUAUACAUCCCGUGUUAGCAUCAGUAUUUCUCAAUGGAAAGAGAAUAAGAAGUUCUGAGUGUGCUGAAUUAAUUCAAUAAAUGAACAGUUCUGGUCUAUGA